AUGUUGAAUAUCCUCUGGCGGCGCGAGUUUUGGCAGUUGUGUUGUACUGUAUCUGCCAGACGUACCAAUUCAGAAAAGGCAAAACAACCAGGAGUGGCUAUUGGUAGGUUGUGUGAAAAGUGUGAUGGAAAAUGUGUUAUAUGUGAUUCGUAUGUGCGUCCAUGCACUCUAGUUCGGAUAUGUGAUGAAUGUAACUACGGUUCUUAUCAAGGACGUUGUGUUAUAUGCGGUGGACCCGGUGUUUCAGAUGCCUAUUAUUGCCGACAAUGCACCUGUUUGGAAAAAGACAGAGAUGGUUGUCCGAAAAUUGUCAAUUUAGGAAGCGCGAAAACGGACCUAUUUUACGAGCGAAAGAAAUAUGGCUUCAAAAAACGAUAA